UAAUGUCUUGUUUCUCUGAAUGAUAUUACUUAUACACUGUUUACAGGCUUUAAUUUGUGCUGUAUGAAUAAGAAAACAGCACUAUGAGUACAUCAGAAGACAGCAGCCCCACAUUCUUCCUGGAGACCGAUGACCUGACAGACGAGGAAAGGUCAAAGUUCAAACAGGUGAAGAAAGGCACCUCAAAGGACAAGAGACCCAUGGAUUCUGAUUACCUGGAGGAGACAGAUGAGUCUGCACACACAAUUAAAUUUAACCUAAACUUUGACAGGGGAAUCAGAAAUGUGAAAGAGGAACCAGCUCAGCAGGACAGAGAGAGGUUUACACUCAAGAUGCUGUUUGAUGCCGUGUCCAGUGGGAAUGUGUCUAAACUGCAGGGUUUACACGAGUACCUGCACAAAAACAUGAAACGGCUCACCGACUCUGAGUAUAAGUCCAAUGGAAAGACAGCUCUGCUGAAAGCACUUUUAAAUUUGAAGGAAGGCGAGAAUGACACUAUUGAACUUCUGCUGGAAAUUGCAGAGAAAACGGGAGAUUUAAACAAUUUAGUCAAUGCUGCCUACACAGACAUUUACUACAAAGGUCAGACAGCUCUCCAUGUUGCAAUUGAAAGGAGGAGCGCAAAAUUUGUAAAGAUGCUUGUUGAAAAAGGGGCUGAUGUCCAUGCUAAGGCCUGUGGGAAAUUCUUUCAGCCCAAUCAAGAAGCAUGCUUCUAUUUUGGUGAGCUGCCCUUGUCUCUGGCCGCUUGCACUAAUCAGCCGGACAUCGUUGACUUCCUUAUGGACAAUCCUUACAAGAGGGUGGAUGUCGGGAACAGGGACUCUCAUGGAAACACAGUGCUUCACGCACUAGUAUCCAUAGCUGAUAACAGUCCUGAAAACACAGAGUUCGUCAUUGCCAUGUAUGACCACAUCUUAUUGAAAGCCGACCAACUUCACCCAGAGAUCAAGCUGGAGGAAAUCAAAAAUAAUAAAGGACUCACUCCACUCACACUAGCUGCCAAGACAGGAAAAGUGGUGCUGUUAAAGCACAUCGUGCAGCGGGAGUUUAAGGGGUGCAAACAUCUGUCACGGAAGAUCACGGAGUGGGCUUAUGGUCCAGUGUGCUCGUCUCUGUAUGACCUCUCCUCUCUCGACACCUAUGAGAAGAACUCUGCGCUGGAGAUAAUCGUUUAUGGCAGUGAGAUUCCUAAUCGUCUCGAGAUGCUCAAUAUUGAGCCAUUUAACAGACUAAUUAAAGAGAAGUGGGAGAGAUUUGCGAAACGGAUGUUCUUGUUCAAUUUUAUAGUUUAUGUAAUCUACCUUUUCAUCCUCACUGCUGUAGCUUAUCACCACAAAGAAGGGAAGGACUUGACAAACAACCAAAAAUAUCCGCGUCCACAUGAAACCGAUGUAGUAUACAUUCCAGACCAGCAUGUGGGGCUUUUUCUGCAGGCCGUGCUCUUUCUGGCGUGUGCACUACUGUACUUCUUUGGUCAGGAUAAAUAUGUGGCCUGUCUAGUUCUGUGUCUUGCCUUGAGCUGGGUAAAUCUACUCUACUUCUCCAGAGGGUCCAAAAAUAUGGGAAUCUACAGGGUCAUGAUACAAAAGAUGUUUCUUGGAGAAAUUUGUCGAUUCCUUGUCGUGUACAUGGUCUUCCUCAUUGGGUUCUCUGCAGCUGUGGUUACACUCCUUAAUGAUAGCGUACCCAAGGGACGAUCUUUAUUUGUUCCUAUUACUGGAAAUGAAAACUGUAAGAAGCCCUCAUUCAAGAGCAUCUACUACACCACUCUGGAGUUAUUCAAGUUUACGAUAGGCAUGGGAGAUCUGGAGUUCACCGAUCAGUUUCAGUAUAUAGAGGUCUUCUAUGUGCUGCUAAUAUUGUAUAUAGUGAUGACUUACAUUUUGAUGCUGAACAUGGUGAUCGCUCUGAUGAAUCAAAGAGUGGAGGAGAUGUCUGUAGAGAGCACCAGCAUCUGGAAACUACAGCGUGCAAUCACCACCUUGGACAUGGAGUGGAUUCUUCCCCGCUGUCUGAAGACAAAGCUGCGCUCCGGGGAAGAGAAGGAUCUAGGCGGGGAGCAGGAGCCUGACCGACGCUGGUGCUUCAGUGUGGAGGAAGUCAACUGGAACCUGUGGAACAGAAACCUUGGUGUAGUUACCGAGGAUCCUGGGAAAUGUAUACCUGUACCAUCCCCAACUAAACUUCAGAGAGGUAGUCAAUGUUUAACAAACGUGUGUAUGUGUGUGUUAUUUUAAUCUUACAUCAUAUCGUUUGUAUUGGU